CUUUUUUUCUCAUUUUUCCUCCCAUUUUGCUGUUUGAAUUUCCGCGCCGUUUUUCCAUUGUCGUAACUUCGCAAAGUACUGGAAAAUCUUUUACAGUUCAUGAAUUUCGCAGCUAAUCUAUCACUAUGACCGACUCAAGGAGGGAGGAUGUUAGCAACACACUUCGAAUACUUGUAGCGACGGAUUGCCAUUUAGGCUAUAUGGAGAAGGAUGAAAUACGACGACAUGAUUCAUUUCAAGCAUUUGAUGAGAUAUGCUCAAUAGCAGAAGACAAACAGGUGGACUUUUUACUUCUUGGUGGAGAUCUUUUCCAUGAAAAUAAGCCUUCGAGGUCAACUUUAGUUAAGGCUAUUGAGAUUCUUCGUCGUCACUGCCUUAAUGAUCAACCGGUGCAGUUCCAAGUUGUUAGCGACCAGACUGUUAAUUUUCAGAAUACAUUUGGCCAUGUGAAUUAUGAAGAUCCUCACUUCAAUGUUGGCUUGCCAGUGUUUAGUAUUCAUGGAAACCAUGAUGAUCCUGCUGGAGUAGACAACCUUUCUGCAGUUGAUAUCCUUUCAGCAUGUAACAUGGUGAACUAUUUUGGGAAAAUGGUUCUUGGGGGUUCGGGUGUUGGACAGAUUACUCUCUACCCUAUUCUUAUCAGGAAGGGAUCAACUGCUGUAGCUCUUUAUGGUCUUGGGAAUAUUAGAGAUGAACGGCUCAAUAGAAUGUUUCAGACACCCCAUGCUGUGCAAUGGAUGCGACCUGAAUCCCAAGAAGGGUGUGAAGUGUCUGAUUGGUUCAACAUUCUGGUACUUCAUCAGAACAGAGUGAAGAUGAACCCUAAAAAUGCAAUAAAUGAGCACUUCUUACCACGCUUCCUUGACUUCAUAGUGUGGGGACAUGAACAUGAAUGUCUUAUUGACCCUCAGGAAGUACCGGGGAUGGGAUUUCACAUUACACAACCUGGUUCCUCAGUUGCAACAUCACUGAUUAAUGGAGAAUCAAAGCCAAAGCAUGUGCUCCUUUUAGAAAUUAAGGGAAACCAAUAUCGUCCAACCAAAAUACCUUUGACAUCAGUGAGGCCUUUUGAAUAUACAGAGGUUGUGCUGAAGGAUGAACCUGACAUUGAUGCCAAUGAUCAGAACUCUAUUCUUGAACAUUUGGACAAAGUGGUCAGCAAUCUAAUAGAGAAGUCUAAUAGGAAGGCUGUUAAUGGAUCAGAGCUCAAGCUUCCAUUAGUCCGAGUUAAGGUUGAUUACUCUGGAUUUAUGACAAUAAAUCCUCAAAGAUUUGGGCAGAAGUAUGUUGGGAAGGUUGCAAAUCCACAAGAUAUUCUUAUAUUCUCCAAGGCUUCUAAACGGAGUCAGAAAGAAGCCAAAAUUGAUGAUUCAGAAAGGCUUCGCCCUGAAGAACUAAAUCAACAGAAUAUAGAAGCAUUAGUUGCCGAAAACAAUCUGAAAAUGGAGAUCCUUCCGGUCAAUGACUUGGAUGUUGCACUGCACAAUUUUGUUAACAAGGAUGACAAAUUAGCUUUCUAUAACUGUGUGCGAUACAAUCUUGAAGAAACUCGUAACAAAAUUGCAAAGGAUUCAGAUGCCUUAAAGUUUGAAGAGGAAGACUUAAUUCUUAAAGUUGGAGAGUGCUUGGAGGAACGUGUCAAGGAAAGAUCUUCACACCCUAAGGAUACCCUGCAGUUCACAUCCAGUGUGCAGUCCGUUGAGAAUGUCAGGAGUAAAAAUAAUACAGGAAUAGGAAGUGCAGCCUCCUUUAGUGACGAUGAAGACACAGCACAGAUAUUGAGCUCCGCCAAUAGAGGCCGGAAAGGGCCAUUGACAGCUUCUCAAUCAUCUCGUGAUGCUCCAGAAGUUGGUCAAAGUAAAAUUUCUACCAGAGGAAGGGGUAGAGGUAGGGGCAGAGGCAGAGGCAGAGGCUCUACUGGCUUAAAGCACACUCUCGAUGCUUCAUUGGGUUUUCGCCAAUCUCAAAGAUCUGCAUCAGUUGCUGCAUCUGCAGCAGUUCAAAGUACUGCUGAUGAUGAGGAGAACGUUGACUCUGCUUCAAGUGAAGAAUAUGAAAUUAAUGAGGUUGACAACAGUUCGGAAAAUGAUGAAAUUGGUCAAGGUAAAGGGCGUAAAAGAGCAGCUCCUAGGGGAAGAGGCAGAGGAUCUACAUCUAAGCGGGGAAGGAAAUCUGAUAACUCUUCAGUUCGUAAAGUGUUCAUGAACAAGCCUGAUGAUGAUGACGAUGAUGCUGAAGAGAUUGCAAGGAGAUUUAAUAAGUCUCAACCUCGGGUAACAAAAAGUUAUGGUGCUUUGAGAAGAUAAGCGUCAUCACAUGUUGCUGUCCCUUUCAGCAUUGUAGCAGCAGCAUGUAUGAUUGCAACUGAUGAAGGGCAAUCUGCUCGUCUAUUCCAAUGCUGAAAUCAAUAGCAUCUAGCAUAGCACAGAUUACGAGGAUAAAUUGAAGAUCAACACUAUCUAGCAGCAAUCCAUAUUGCCUUACAUUAUGCCAAGUUUUUGUCUGUGAGAUUAAAAGAAUGUACAGGUUGGAUAUGUAUAGUACCCAACGCAAGAAUUGAAUGCCAAGUUGGCUAAGAGAUCUGUAGCAUUUUCCUACAUAAUCGAGCUGUUCGAAUGUUCAUCUU